CAUCAUCGACACAGACGCUCCCCUCUCCGCUCUCCCCUCCCCCGCAGUCCCGCCGCACCACACGCCGCUUGGCCGCUUUGUCCCCUUUUCCGGCGCCCGCGACGGAUUGCGACGAGAGGAGAGGAUAGAUAGAUCUGCGCUGUGCGUGUCGAGCCCGUCCCUGUCUCGCCGUCUCCUUUCUCCUCUCCUCUCCACUCUCCACCGAGCAGCGCGAAUCCUUAGCGGCCAAGGCUUUCCGAGCUCAGCUCGGGGAGUUUUAAACGCUGCCCGAGGAAAGGAGGACCGCACUCGCUGCUGGUCGCUUGCUUUCGGUGGCGAGCGUCUCGGUAAAGCGGCGGCUGCGGCAGAGAUUGGACUUGCUCGUUGCGCAGUGCAGUGCUGCCGUGGAGACGGGAAUCUGCCGCAGGCUGUAAUCUUCAGGGACUCAUAAUUGAUCGUUAUUUCCAAAGAUCAGAGUAACGUGCCCGACUUUGUCACCUUCAUCCUCGGGGGUCGCUCGGCAGCUGAUGCCCUCGUUGGGGGAUUGUUGAAGGGAUAAGGUCGUGGCAAUGAGCAAGCCGGCGCGCGUGCAGCGCGCGUCCCCGCCGCCCCUGGUUGCUUCGGCCGCCAUCUUGCUGCUAUUCUCCGCGUUACCGCGCUGUCAGCCAUACACUUACGAGCAAGAUGUGUUUGCGAUAAAUGGCUUGUACACGGCGCUUGGAGCACCGCAGCUGCCAAAUUGGACUACAAAUGGCGGUGACCCCUGCAAUGAGGGCUGGCAGGGUGUUUCAUGCGUGGCCUCAAAUAUUACCUCCAUAAUUCUCAGCGGUGCAAACUUGGGUGGACAGCUGGGUAACACUUUGGGGAAUUUCACAUCAUUAAUCACCUUGGAUCUUAGCAACAAUAAUAUUGGCGGAACUAUACCCGAUGGUCUACCAGUCACAAUGCAGAAAUUUUUCCUUUCAGCUAACCAGCUAAGUGGUAGCCUCCCAAGUACAUUGUCAUCCCUUACACUUUUGACAAGCAUGUCACUCAAUAACAACCAAUUAUCUGGAGAUAUUCCAGAUGUAUUUUUAGCACUCACUGGGCUCGCGAAUUUAGAUUUUUCUUCUAACAACUUAACCGGUCCGCUGCCACCUUCAAUGGGAAAUUUGACAGCAUUGACUAGCCUGCAUAUUCAGAACAAUCAACUAACAGGAACCCUUGAUGUGCUGCAAGAUCUUCCUUUCCAAGAUUUGAAUGUAGAAAACAAUCUUUUGUCUGGUCCCGUGCCUGUGAAGUUACUCAACUUGCCAAACUUUAAGAAGGAUGGGAACCCAUUCAAUACCAGCAUAGCCCCAUCCGCUCAGCCUCCUGCAGCGCCAACACCAUUACCAUCAGUCUCACCUCCAGCUAGGCAUGUCCCCUCAAAAGAACCUUCAACCUCUUCUAGUGUUCAGGGAGGAAGUACUCCAGGAUCAGGAAAACAUACUGUUUCCACAAUCAAAUUAGUUGGAUAUAUCCUUAUCGGGGUGGUAUCAGCAGUAGUUAUUGUGCUAAUGGCAAUGUACUGUCUAUCCAAGUGCAAAGAAAGAAAGUCAAGGGAUGACAUUUAUACCAAAAACAAGAUGGGAAGGGUGCCUCAGAAGCUUGGAGAGCCUAAAAUCAAGGAAGUGGCAGAAAUCAAGGAGCCACCAGUAAAACUCGAGAAUAAUGUUGGGAAAGGUUCCACUUCCCAUGUUGUUUCUGAUGCAAAGGAGGAGCAUAAGUUAAAAAUGCCAACAUCAGGAAACUUGAAAGAAAUACUGGAAGAGCAGGGUCCUUUCCUCAAUCAUUUACAUUUAAAUAAUGUUUUUGCAGCAGCUUCAAAUGCGGUUUAUGAUGCAAGAGAUGGGCGGAAAUCAGACUCACCGGUAGCAGCUGCUCCUGGGCUGGUUGCAAUGAAGCAAAAAGAGCAUGUGAUUGAUAUGGAAAAGGCUGAUAAUUUCGUUGAGGAACAGCUGCAUUCUACUCAACCUGUUGCACAACGUUCUGAAAAGGUCAUCGUCAAUCCCAGUGUUCGUACUCGAAAGGGAAGAGUACCUUCAGUUGGAAAAGUGGACCUGACUACUACUGUCAAGUCCUUUUCCAUUGCAUCCCUUCAACAAUAUACCAAUAGUUUCAGUGAGGAAAAUUUCAUAAGGGAUAGCAGGUUUGGUAAGAUAUUUCUGGCAGAGCUUCCUGAUGGAGAGUUACUGGAAGUUUUGAAGAUAGAUGCUUUUAACUCAAAAGUACCAGUGGAUGCCUUUCUUGAGCUAGUUGUGAGCAUUUCUGAACUGAGGCAUCCUAACAUACUUGGGCUUGUUGGAUACUGUGCGGAGUUUGAGCAGCGACUACUUGUCUAUGAGCACUGUAGCAAGAUGACUCUACAUGAUGAACUCCACUAUGUAGAUGACUCAAGCAAGCCAUUAUCAUGGAAUGCUCGCCUCCAUGUUGCUGUGGGGGCAGCAAAAGCAUUACAACAUCUUCAUGAUGGUUUCCAGCCACCAAUUGUACAUCAGAAUUUUGAACCAUCUGUUGUUCUUCUAAACAGCACCUUAGUUGUGCAUAUUUCUGAAUCUGGCCUUGCAUCAUUAGCAUCAAAAUCAGCAUCUCAGUUGUCUGGCCGUAGCUUAUUCCAUUAUGAAGCCCCUGAGGUGCAUGAAUCUGGAUCCAUAAGUGAUCGAAGUGAUGUUUACAGCUUCGGUGUUGUUAUGUUGGAGCUUCUAACAGGGCGUAAACCUUAUGAUAGCUCACGUCCACGGGCUGAACAACAUCUGGUGCGAUGGGCCACUUCUCAGCUCUAUGAUAUUGAUGCCAUAGCAAAGAUGGUAGAUCCUUCCAUUCAAGGACAAUGUUCUGAAAAGGCACUGUCUCGUUUUGCUGACAUUAUUAGCCGCUGCAUUCAGCACGAACCAGAAUUUAGGCCACCGAUGUCUGAAGUUGUCCAAGACUUAACUCGCAUGGCAAGUAAUGCAUCAAAGGCUUCCAUGUAGGCGGUCCAGAAGGUGGGUUAAAAAUGUGGGGGCCUGUGCUUCAAAAUUGGAAUGCAAUAAUGCACCUCAUUUUGGAGUGUCAUGUGGUUCUUGCCAGAUUCAUUUUCUCCCAAGUUGUGAAGACGCACUUGUACCAUUGAUGCAGUAGUAGGAUACUCUGGCCGACGCAAGAAGGAUGGAAUACAGUAGCAGGAUGCAAGAAUGCACCGUGCUUUAUCCAUUGCCAUAAUUGCUCCUCCGAAUCUCCGGUCAAAUUUUUUUAGUUCGAAGUUAUUGUUGUAAUUCUGUAGUCUGCACAAUGUAUUUCUCGGCUCCUGGUUCCGAUUCCAGAUCACUCGAUGUGAUCAUGCAUGGUUCUCUAGACCAUAUGUAAAUACAAGUACUGAAAUAAAUAUAUUAGAAUUUGCUCAUGUUAAAGAUCA